AUUCUAUUUAUUUUAUCAUCUGUGUUGCGGGCGUAUCGAAUGGAAACUGAUUCUUGACUUGAAAUAAAAUUUGUAAUAAAAUAAUUAUUUUGUCAUUUAACAAGUGUUAACAGAAACCGUUUUGUAUAUGCAACGAAAUUAUGUAUUAAUAUCGAACAAUUGCCUUUGGUUGCAUCCGUUUUCUAAUACUUCCAAGUACGGUCAAUUAUUAUCUUUUUUUUCUAUUGUAAACACGUUUGAGAUAUUUCCUAAAAAUUUAUAUCGCGCUGUUCCUGAAUAAACUAUGAGUCACUGGUUUGGUUCUAACGCAUACAAGUGAAGUGUUUCGGAAACAAAUUAUUUGUGUUUUGAAAGAUGGCCGAUUUAAUUCGGGCUAUGGGAGCUCCGAUCGGACCCCCAGUAAAGGAUAAGCUGGGGUCUCCAUCGACGGAGUCCGAGGAUGGCGGGGGUGAUAUCGCAGAGUUAGCUGCAGAUUUGGAGCUGGAUGAAGCUGAUGGGCCUAGCACUAAUGGUGAAAGACAAGCUGUGCUAGCUCCACCAGAAACUGAAUGGUAUCAUGGUCGACUGGAUAGAUACACAUCUGAAGAAAGGCUUUGGGCUGCAGGGAAACUUGGCAGUUAUCUUGUACGAGAGAGUGACCGAAAACCAGGAUCAUAUGUCUUGAGUUACUUAGGCCGCACUGGAAUCAAUCAUUUCAGAAUAACAGCGGUAUGUGGCGAUUAUUACAUUGGCGGUCGUCAGUUCGAUUCCCUGACUGAGCUGGUGGGCUUCUACAGCCACUGCUCUGAUCUUCUGAAGAGAGAAAGGCUUGUGGAACCUGUGCCUCCACCUGAACCUGUUAAUGAUAAAAAGAGAGUAGUAGCCAUACUGCCUUACACGAAGAUGCCGGACACGGACGAGCUAACCUUCCAAAAAGGUGAUAUAUUCUUCCUCCAUAACGACAUGGGAGAUGGCUGGCUCUGGGUCACUGCUCAUAGAACUGGGGAACAAGGAAUGAUCUUCAGAGAGUUGGUAGAGGACCUUGACCCUUCAAUCGAUCCGAACACUGUCUUCUCAUGGUUCCAUCCGAACUGCACCAAGAGUGAAGCAGUCGACAUGCUAGUCAAGGCUGGUCCUGGGAGCUUCCUCGUCAGACCCUCAGACAACUCACCCGGAGACUACUCCCUGUUCUUCCACAUCAACAACCAGAUUCAAAGGUUCAGGAUAGAGAAGAAAGGGGUCCGGUAUCUAAUGGGAGGGAGGACCUUCGAAUGCUUGGAUGCUGUCAUCAAUAGGUACAGGAAGGAGCAGAUUGUUGAAGGACAUACCUUAGGACAACCGCUGAUUGCAGAAGGCCAUGUGAUCGAACCGCAACAGAACACGACUGGGGCAGCGGCUGAGAAGAUUUACGCCACGCUGCGAGAAUGUCGUGACCAAAUAGGCCUUAAGAAGACCAAGGGCAUCAAACACCAAGGCUACUUAAACAAGAAGUCGGAUAAGGGAGCCAAGAAGUGGAAGGCAUUGUACUUUGUACUUCUGCAAGAAGGGACUGACACGCAUUUGUACUUCUACGAUUCUCCAAAGAGGACUAAGCCUAAGGGAUUGAUUGAUCUCUCUUGUGCCUAUCUUUAUCAGUGUCACGAAUCGCUCUGGGAGCGUGAAUUCUGCUUCCAACUAGUGGAGCGAGCGUUGCCUUGCUUGUCGACCCAUACGUUCCUCGCGGCUAACUCCGCCAGCGAGGAACGCGCCUGGCUCGAUGCCUUACGACCACUCUGUGUGCCUCAACAAGCCAGACACCAGUGCAAGGUGGCCCGCGUGGUGUGGCUGCGCGCGCUGCGCGUGCGCUGCCUGACGGCGCACCGGCUGCCGGCCCGCCUGGCGCCGCGCCCCCACCUGCGCCUGGCGCUGGGCGCCGCCCCCGUCGCAUCCACCAAGCCACGCCCGUCCCCUGACCCGCACUGGGAUGACGAAUUCGUUUUUGACGACGUGCCUCCAGAUGUAACUUCCUUCACUAUCACUGUACACAACACUGGAAAGAGAGGAAAGGAAUCUGAGGUUGCAGAAUUAACAAUCGAACUUGCGAAUCUCGCGAACGGCGAGGAAAUCGAAGAAUGGUAUCCGCUGGCGGGCAUGACACCAAUCGGAGAAUGGGGCUCUCUGAGAUUGCGUAUAAGGUAUAUGCAAGAACUGGUGAUGCCUCGAGAGGAGUACAAUCCACUGCGUCAACUCCUACUGGAACCGGGUCUACCCGCUGUCAAAGCCUUGGCUGAUCUCUGCCGUACUGACAGACAACCGCUGGCUACUUCGCUGCUGCACGCGUUCACGGAGUGCGGGCGCGGCGCGGAGCUGGCCCGCGAGCUGGUGAGCGCGGAGGUGGCGCGCGAGACCGACCACCGCGCCAUGUUCCGCGCCGCCUCGCUCGCCACCGCGCUCGUCGACGAGUUCAUGCGCGCGCACUGCAAGCCCUUCCUGCAGGCGGCGAUUUCGGAGACCGUACAGAGAUUAAUCGACGCGAAACAAUCGGCUGAAUUGAAUCCUACGAAAAUGGACUCUCCCGACGAUGCGUGUAACAACGCUGAAUUUCUUCUUAUGAUACUCGAUCAGAUAACUCUGUCGAUCUUCACGUCUCCGGAGGCGUGUCCCCGGCCGGUCCGCUACCUGUGUGGCUGCCUGCAGCGCGCCGCCGUCGCCAAGUGGCCCAAUGAACGCUUCGUCAGGACCAGAGUCGUCUCCGGCUUCAUCUUCCUCCGCCUGAUCUGCCCCGCACUAGUGGAGCCCCGCGGCUGGGGCCUGGUGUCGAGCUCCCCGCCGGCGCACGCGCAGCGCUCGCUGCUCAUGGUGGCCAAGUGUCUGCAGAACCUCGCCAACCUCGUCGAGUUUGGUGCCAAGGAGCCGUACAUGGAAGUGGUAAAUCCAUUCAUUCUGAAGAACAAGGAGCGAAUGGUUGUGUUCUUGGACCAGCUGAGCAAUGUGCCUGACCCUGGAAACCCACCACCAAACACCAACAACAAUUUUGAUAUUGCUAAAGAACUAGCAACUCUGCACCACAUAUGUGUCUCUCACCUAACGGAGCUGCAAGGGCUGGCCAAGACUCAGCCGGCUAUAAGGAAACUGGUGACAGUCACUGAGAUGCUCACCAAACACAAGCACAAGUAUCUCGAGAUGAUCAGAUAGGAUACAACUACUUAUACACAGGGUAACAAGCAGUAAUUGUAUCGGACUAUCGGUAAAGGUAGCGGCGGACGUAAGUCUUCCGAUGUAGGAAUAAGGAAUUUCCCAUAGUCGUUCAUGCAUAGUCAUUGUUAGCUUUAGUCUACUAUUACUUUAUACGACAAACUACGCGUACAUAUUUAGUUUCAAGCUUAUUCGUGCCAAAAGUUUAAUUUUCUAAGUGCAUUUUACAUACACUUAAAAAUCCACGGACAUUGAUGCGAUUUUAUUUAAAAUGUAAUAAAAAAUAUUCUGCUCUCUAGUAUUACAUAAGACUAAUUUAUUGAUUUUAUUUAAAUCAAAACAAUAAUAAAUAUGAUCAUACAUUUAUAUAAGGUGUUUUAAAGGUAUCUGCCACGGCUUUAAUGGGAGAUGGUGUUGUGUUUGAAGAUAACAACAGUGAAGAAAUUUCGUACCCGGACUAGUUAGCUUAAUUUGAGAACAAAAAGAAGUUGAUAAACAUUGACUCUAUUCUGCAUAACGUGGUUCACAAAUAUGUGUUGCUUGGUCAAUAAUAACAAUUGCUAUCAAUUUAUUGAAAGACAGACAGAGACAGUGAAAGAGAUGGUUUCUUUCAGAACAUUCAACACUAACUCCCAUUAAAACCAUGGCAGAUACUUUUAGAACACCUUAUACUUAAGUUAAAACGAGCAUUUAUUUUAGUUUUAAGAAUAAUCGAGCACAAUAUGCUCUAUUUAUAUUAUAACUCAGUAUUUAUUUUUAUUGAGAGGUCUUCUUUGAUUGAGGUAGCAGCGUCUGUGCUACAAUAAGAUUAUACGACUAUAUACUUAGGCGUCAAAGUCCGCCAGCAAUAACGAAGUGAGAACAUCGUAAUUAUGAGAAUACCUCUUACUGAAAAUGCUUUAAUUCGUAAAGAAUAGAAUUAAUAUUAAUUAAUCCUUUUAUACUAUUCGAUUAUUUAGAUUUUUUGUAUUUUAUAGUCCUUUUAUUUUCGUAGUGUGUCUAGAUGUAGAUAGCUAUAGGAGUAAAGCUCGACCAUCAUUUUUAAGACACCAAAAAUGUACUAGGUAAAGUGUAUGAAUGUGAUAGACGUGAGUCGUGACUCAUAGACUGGUGUUGUUUGCUAAAUUACAUUUUUGAAUGUUGCACUUACAAUCAUUGCUGUGCACCCAACUAUAUUGAUUCUCUGUGAUAAUGUCUCAAUACUUUUUCAUUGAAUUUUGCAUUUUAUUAAGUCAUUAAUGAUUUUAUUCAAACUUUGGUUUUAUUACUUAAGAUUUUAUUACGAUUGGCUAGUUUCCUCAGUCAAAAAUAAAGUAUUUCGAUACUUUUUAAUAUAAUUAAAUAUUCGAAAAUAAUCACACUUUCGUUUAUUGAUUUUAUCUACUUUAUAUACAAUUUUUUUUAGUUAAUUUUCUACUAAUAAGUUUGCUAAUUGACGUAAAAAUAUGAUGACGUCAUAAGUGUGUAUCUCAUACAAAAUUCACACAAAAUAUCGUUUUAGACGUUACAAUAAAAGUAUUGAAUUUGAAAAGUAGGAAACUAGCCUAUUUUAGGGUGCCUACCGAUUUGUUUAAUAUAUUCAAGUAUAGGAGUAAAUUAGACAAAUCUGUGAAUGUGGCUGAUUUGAACUCGUUCCAUACUUCCUACCUUUCCUCUUGCUCAAUAAUUAAUGUGUUGUUAUUGUAGACAGUUUAUAUUUCUAGUGCCAUAUAUUCUGUACUUAUUAUACUCGCACUCGCUUUCACAUCACAGUUUUUAUUAAGCUGCUAUUUUAAAAUCUCUGCAGGUAUUUAUAAAAUACAAUUACGCCGGCGACGCGACGCUAAUUUUAAGUAUUUCUAAUAUAAUUUAUUUACUUCAACAUAGACAUAAAAGACAGAAUCAGAGAACAUUAUAAAAGUAUAUUAUGAGUAUUAUUAUACUUAAUUUAUUUUUGUAAAAUGAUUUUAUUUUAUUGCGAAUGGAUAUUGAUUUCAAUUAAGGAUUUGUUAUGAAACCGCCUUUUUAUUAUUAUCGCUUUUUUAAUGCUGGAUAGUUAUACAAUCGUCGGUUAUCUCAAAUGACUGCAAAACGCGCAUCAAUGCAUCGAAGUUGAUUUAUUUAUUUAGUAAUAGCUUGUAGGAGUAGUGGAUGUGUCGUCGCUGUAUUUAAGUGUGUUUAGCUUACGAUAGGACAAUGUCUAGACUGAAUUAAGCCCAAUUAGACAUGUUAGUAUUACGUAUUAUGCACUAGAUUUUCCACAAAAUUGUAACAAAAAGUGAUAAAAAUUUGCAAUAUUCGGCCCAUUUGAUAAAAAUUUUGUACUGAAAUUCAGAGAUUAUAUCCAUAGCAUAGGAGUUGAUAUUGUUAAAUAUUUUGAAACAUUUUACAAUGCUUAUGUUUAUUUUAUUACAAUUUUUAGGCAUAUUGACGAAGUUUAUAGGCUUAUUGGAAUUGCUGUUAGCACAGAUCACCAAUUGAAGUUAUUUGAUAAUGUCAUUGGUUCUAUGAUUAUUUAUUUGAAACUAAUGGAAUAUAUAUGAUGAUAUGUUAAUUUAUAAUUCAAUGUAAUAUUUGCAAGCAUGUUUAUUGUAUCACAGUUUUAUUAUCGGCACAGUUUGUAAAGUGAUUGCACUAGUUAAUAUCUGCAUAUCACUCGGCUGAUGCUUACACUCGCUAUUUAUAUAAUUGAAAGCAUUUAUUUGUUUCAUUAUGGUUAUUCAGUUAUGAAAAUUAUUACAAGGUAUAUUAUAAUGGUUAGUAUUAGAUUUUGUGACUGUUUUGUAAUCUCUUUAUAUUCUAUCCCUUAGCAUUUUCUAUUUUUAGAAACCCAGACACGUAUAAAAUAAAAUUACUAAAAAUUA